AUGACAGACAUAGCCCUCAAACUUGCCAAGUGGGCACUUACCAAGUUGGGAGAUUACGCGGGUGACAAGAUCAAACCAGCUAUAAAGGAGCAGUUGGGGAUGAAAGCAGAUGAUGCGCUUUUAAAGCAGGUUCAACAAGAGCUCCAAGAACUCCAGAAAGCCCAGAUUAUCGUCCAAGAAAAGCUUGACACAAUAGCGGCGGAAAUGAAACUGGGCUUCAAGUUGAAUCAAUUCACAGAGGCAGAGAAGAUAAUUCGCAGCCGUAUGACCUCUUUUGAGAUGGCCAUGAAGAUUGCGUUGGUCGAGCAAAAGGGAAAGAGGCUCGGCGAUGAUACGCGCCUGCAGCGGGUGCUUGAAGCUAUUGCUCAAGAAAAUGGCGGCAUCCGAGACCAACUGCACUUUAUGCAAGAUGCUCUUCUGUCCCGUGACAAUCCCCAGAAAGAAAGUCUCGUCGAUGUUGUUAAUGCGUAUUACUGGAACAAGUACGGUGGUCCGCAAGGCUUAAGUGCCCAAGGCGUAAAGUAUGGCAUUCCAUCUUACGUCAAGGAUCUCCAGACGUACGUUAAGUCUAUCGCACAACUUCAACUUACUGCUAUCUACCUGAUCUCUUGGGCCGUCGAUAAACAGCUAUUGCAGGCAGAGGUGAACCACGCUAUCAAGAAGCUCGAAGAGCAGGCGAAAGCCAUCUGCGACUUCGUGCCGCCUCCCAUUGACCUCACCGACGUGAAUGGUAGAGGAGAUGCCUUUUUCCACAAAGUCACAGGGCGGGAUGACUGCUUCAUGAUUCGCGAAAACUUUGGUAACAAGAAGCACUUAGUGUUACGCACGCGCACUGGAUACGCAUGGCCCCCAUGGUACUUUUUAGGCUUUGAUUCCUGGGAUGGUCCUAUCAUGUGCCCAAUGGACUACAGAUGGAAGUUUGAGUGGGUUGACGACAGCGAAGGAUAUAAGCUCAUAGGCUGGGACAUUAACUCUUCUUCGCACAACGAGCCGAGGACAGUACAAUGGGAGAAUAACGCGAGUGAUCGCCACGCAGAUACCUACAACAGAUACACCACACGUAAUAAGGGUACAGAUGUGGUUUUUAAAAUUGUCGUUCUGAGGCCUAGUAAGGGUUCGAGCUACACAACUAUACGGCUCGUGGAUCAGGAGCUGUCUCAUGGCACAGAUCCUAACACGCCUAAGUGGUGGUUUGAUGGCCGAGUGCAGGACCCCUACGCCUUCGAGGUAGUGUAUCAAAACGGUCAACGAUAUAAUACUUCGUUCCAUGAUAGUACUUCGGGAUUUUGA